AUGACAUCAAGGGCAUCAGCCUUAUCUACAAAGCCAAAAAGCCCAUCAAAUGAUGCAGGUGCAAGAAUUUCAUCAAUUGAAUCAAGAAGAAUUCUUGCAGUUCUUCAAGAUACUGCAUCUCGCGUUGAUUUCUCUUUAAUCCUUUCUUCUUUAGAUGAUUAUUUGGAUGGGAAAUUUGAUGCACCUCAAGAAGUUGUAGCAGCGCAUAAUGAAUUCAUUACAGACCAAAAAGCUUUACUAUCAGUAAUGACAGCUGACGGAGAUCCAAAACCUGGCUGUCAACAAGACUUUGAGGAGCUAAGAGAGAUCUAUAAAGAAGCUUCUCGAAGUCUAAUUCGCGUUUUAAGAAUUCAUUCAGAUUAUUUCGAACCAUUAUUAGCUCAAGUUACAAGUAGUGGUGGAGCUACAGUUAAAAUGACGUCAAUGUUCAAAGACCUUAAUUCGAUGGAAGUUUUGCGCUUUUCUACACCCGUCGAAAUUGAGGAAAAACAAAAUCGUCUUGUAAAUGAUAUUAAACUACGCAAGAAAACAAAUAAAGAACUCAUAGAUCAACUCAAAGUACGUGAUUCUAAAACAAGUCGUGAAAGAGAUCAACUUGUUCGUGAAAAAGAAGAACAAUACGAUGCUGUCAAGCAAUUAUUGAUGCAGGCGAAGGCUACAGAGAGUUCAUUACCUGUUGAUGAUGCUCCUCUUGAAGAUGAGAAAAACUCUGAAGAAGCAAUUCGAAUGAAACUUGGCGCAAAAAAGGAGAAAGCAGGGAAAACUCAAAAAACAGAUAAUGAAGAAGAAGGAAAACUGAGAAGAGCACUCAGAAAGGAGGAAGAGGCUUUGCAAAACCUUAUACAGAAAUAUGAUACAGAUAUGAAGAGCUUACUUGAGCAAAAUAAAGAAUCUAAAGUAACUGCAGAAAAUUUAGAAAAAGAAUUAAAAGAACUUCAAAAAGAAGUUGACGCGAUCAAUAAAAUAAGGAAUCCUAUGAAGAGUGAUGAAGGUGCUCAGAGUCAAAGAAGCCUUGCAGCAAAUAAAUUGUAUCAAGAUAUGAUUUCUUCAUCUUUGAGGCUACAGCUUGAAAUAAGAAAAUUCCUGAAGACUGCUCCACGAGCUUCGAAGAAAAAGAAAGGAAAAUCUGGAAGAGUUUCAAGGAAAUAA